GUUUUAUGCAUUUGUUGACACCCGAUUUUAUUAACCAUUUUUUUUACAGAUGAAGCAGACUCCAUUGAAAAGCCGAGGCUUAUGGUGCUUGGAUGUGAUGAUGCUCUUAUGGAUAAAGCAUGCGCUACAAUCCUUGGAGAAAGAGAGAACAGGGAUGCAUUUAAAUUUCGACCAUUGAUUCCCAGGAAGGCUUCAGUUGGUGGACGAAAGGUUUCUGUAUUAAAAACCCCAUCCUACUGGCUAGAACACUUGAAAUCAUACUACAUUUUCAGCAAUGGAGUCAAAUCUAUCACAUAUGAAAUUAAUCACUUUGUUGACAUACAGUUGUAUCCCGGUCCUCAUGCCUUUCUGUUAGUACUUAAAAAUAUGAAAAACUCUGGUAAAGAGCAUUACCUUUUACGUGCUCUCCGUGAUGUGUUUGGGAAGGAGAUCUUGGACUUUUGCAUGGUUAUUUUUUUAUAUGAAGACCGGUACAGUGAUCCUCAACGUAACAAAUGUUUGAAGAAGUGUAAGAAUAGACAUCACCUUUUACAGAACACUGACGAAAGUGUUAAUCAGUUAUUGGAAAAAAUAGACACAAUGACACAACAGAAAAGCAGCAGAUUUUACACUAAUUAUCUGGAGAGUUUCAGAAAAGCUGAAAGUUACUUUCGGGAGGAAUUUAAUGCUGAGUAUGUGGAAAGGGAGAACAAACUGAGAGGAGAAAAAGAAACCGCUGAAAAGAAAAUUAAAGAGAUGAGAGAGCAGCACACAAAGAAAGUAACAGAACUGAAUGAGAGAAUUAAAGAUGAGCAAAAUGGUUUUAAAAUCAGAGAGAUUCAAUUAAAGAAAGAGCUGAACGCUUUGAAGAUAAGAGAAAAUCAAUUAAAGAAAAAGCUGAUAGAUUCCAAAAUUAAAGAGGAUCAGUCUGAUAAACUGUUGGUGACAGAUGAUUUAUACACCACUGGGAAUUAUGAGGAGCAAAACGAAGAACUGGUUAAGAGAGACAAAAAACUGGAUGAAAGACAGAGAAAUCUGGAUGCAAGACCAAAAGAGCUGAAGGCUGGAGAGAGAAAACUGACACAGAGAGAUGCUGAAUCCAGUGAACAUCCUCAAACCACAGCAGAAACCCCCUCUGCUUGCAACAUCUGAAAGUGAAUAAAGACCACUGAUUUGUUAAUGGACUGUGAUUGUCCUGAGAGAGUGUCUGCAUGGACGUUCACCUGUCAAACUCUAAAAAGGACCAAAACACCAUAGCUUUGCACUAUAUUUUAAUCCAUUCCCUGUUUAGCAAAGUCUUGUAAAACAAUGUAUAAAACACAGAUUAAAAAAAAAAUAUUGCUGUAAAAUAGUUUUUGUUGACACAUCUUUGCACGUUAUAUUAAAGUACUUUAAAAUACAUACUGGAUUAAGUAACUCAUUUGGAGCAAAAUAAUAAUUGAUCAUAACGUUACAAUUUACCAAUCUUUAUGAAGCAAAUUUUGUUUGUAAAACAUUUUCACUGAUGAACACCGAUUUACUAAUAUUGCAAAGUGUGUGUGUGUAUAUGUAUACAUAUAAAUGUAAAAUUUCUAUAUUUUUUUAUAUGGUUAUAGCGAGAGAAAAUCCCUUUUGAUAACGUGCACAGAGUCAUGUAAACAACAUAUAAUCAUAGCAAACAAGUAAAUCAUUUAUGAUGUGAGAAAAUGAUUAAGCAGCUAUUCGAAUAAAAAGUUUUGCAAAC